CCAAGGUAGCCGUUUUCUUUAAUCAAAAGAAAGAUGCCCCAUUGCACUUCAUUACAGGGGUGUCUUUAAGCUUUUCUCCUUUUCUUCUCUUACAUCUCUCCCUCUUGCUCUCCCCCACCCCACCCACACCGACUUUAUAUAUACAUGUUUCUUUCACUGUACUUUCUAGAUAGAUAGAGAGAGAGAGAGAGUCCAUUAGAAAAGGAUUCACUAUAGAGAGAAGGGGAGAGAGCGGGGGAGAGAGAUAAUGAGUUCAUCUUCAGGUCAGAGCAGUGGCUAUGAUCUCUCUUUCAAGAUCUUGUUGAUCGGCGACUCCGGUGUGGGAAAAAGUAGUCUACUCGUCAGCUUCAUAUCCAGUUCUCUUGAAGAUCUUGCCCCAACCAUUGGCGUUGAUUUUAAGAUCAAGCAGCUCACUGUAGGUGGGAAGAAAUUGAAAUUAACAAUUUGGGAUACUGCUGGGCAGGAAAGGUUCAGAACUCUAACAAGUUCAUAUUAUAGAGGAGCGCAAGGAAUCAUUCUGGUUUAUGAUGUCACAAGGAGAGACACAUUCACAAACUUAUCAGAAAUAUGGUCUAAGGAAGUGGAACUCUAUUCAACUAAUCAGGAUUGUGUGAAGAUGCUAGUUGGAAACAAAGUUGACAGGGAUUCUGAAAGGGUUGUGAGCAGAGAAGAGGGCUCAGCCCUCGCCGAAGAGUUGGGCUCUUUGUUUCUUGAAUGCAGUGCUAAAACUAGAGAAAAUGUGGAGAAAUGCUUCGAGGAACUUGCUCUGAAGAUAAUGGAAGUUCCUAGUCUUUUGGAAGAAGGAUCAACCUCAGUUAAAAGGAAUAUUCUAAAGCAGAAACAGGAACCCCGAUCAUCUGAGAACGGUGCUUGUUGCUCCUAAAAUGCAUUUCGGGGGACAGUGAAUCUUGAGUAGCACAGCUUGGAGCCUUGGACAUAUCAUGUAUAUUAACUAAGCUUCUUCCUUCGGCCAAAAAACGAAAACAAAAGCUUCAUCCUUGGCUUCUGACUCGUCAUUGUCUGCCCGUCGCAUUAUACUUUGCACUAACAAGUGAAAAAUUCCUCCAACAUUAUGCCUAUUAUCCUGUGAAAAUGUGCUUGCCUUUAUGUUCUCCAUUUUAGCUCACACCUGACCAAUAAAUCAAUGCAACCUUGUAGACUUUGUUAAUGUUGAACAGAUGAAUGCUUCCAGGAUCACCCCCUUCAUAGAUCGUGUGUGUCAUUUAUUAGGUUGCAGUUUGGUAUCUCAUGGUGCUCAUUGAAAUCUAUAUUUUAUAUAUAAUAUAAAAAUUCUAACAAGUUCUGUUAACAUGAGCUGUACUGUUUAUAUAUAUAUAUGAAGAGGUGGUUAAAUACUUCUUUUACCAA